GAUCUUUUAUCAAGAAUCGUUGACAGGAUUCUUCAAGCUGGACAUAAUAAUAAUCAAGCAUCAGUAAAGUAUUUAAUAGAGUGGAAUAUCAUUCUGAUUUUACACAAGUUUCCCCAUUAUCUUGAAAAAUUCUGGAAUUGCUUUAAUUAUGAUGAAGAUCAAUUUAAAACUAGCAUUUGCACAUUUUUAGCAGUCCUGUCACAUUUUGACAUAAUUCUCCAGAAUAAAUCUGAAAAAAUAUCAGCCUUGAAGAAAGCACUAAUUGUUGUCCUACAGUGGUGUUUCCAUCACAAUUUUAGUAUUCGGCUUUAUGCUUUAAUUGCACUUAAAAAAAUUUGGGGAAUGUGAAUGCUAAGAAGAAUUGGCAGCGCAUCCGGAAACACUUUUUCUUUGAACAUUUUCAUCCACUUAAGGAUUACUGCCUUGAGACAAUAUUUUACACGCUGCCACGCCUUUCAGAAACUCCUGAAGAGGAAUGGAUCUCUCUCUCUAAAUUUACAGCAUUUGGAGAUAUUCCAUUGAGUUCAACAUUUCCAUCCUGCCAUUCUCAAAUUACACUUCUUGACCUUAAGCCAAAUGACUGGACUCAGCAAGAUAUCGCUGAGCCCAAUAAUGAAAGACGGUGGAUGAACGUUCAAAAAAAAAUUAUCCCUUGCAAAGCCAGUGCUCCUGAUUUGGAUCUGGAGCUUAUAUUCCAAGAUCGUGCCACUAAACUUGGAAAAUCAAACAGGAAAUUGAUUGUAGUUGCUUCACUCAUUGAUAAACCCACCAAUUUAGGAGGCUUGUGUCGUACGUGUGAAAUAUUCGGUGUUUCUGCUUUAACUGUUAGCAACCUCCAUUAUAUAAAUGACAAGCAAUUUCAGCAUCUCAGCGUGUCUGCUGAACAAUGGCUUUCUGUUAUUGAAGUAAAGCCAUUUCAGCUGAUUGAAUAUUUGGAACAGAAAAAAACUGAAGGCUAUUCUAUAAUAGGAGUGGAGCAAACAGCUAAAAGUUGCAGUUUAAUGAAAUAUUGUUUUCCAGAGAAAUCCCUGUUGUUGUUGGGAAAUGAACAUGAGGGAAUCCCAGCAAAUGUAAUUCAGCACUUGGACACUUGUGUAGAAAUUCCACAGCAAGGAGUUAUUCGUUCACUUAAUGUCCAUGUAAGUGGUGCUCUGCUUAUUUGGGAAUAUACAAGACAGCAGAUGAUGAAGGAAAAAGAAUAAAGACAAAAUGUUUAAUUUUUGUUGAAGCCAAUAAUUUGAUGGUGCUAUAAAUUCCCUGAAAUUAUUAUAGUUACCAUUUAAUUAUGUGUUAGAUUUUGUAUGCCUUCAUUUUUAUAAAAAAGCUGUUAAUUUUUUAAAUCAUGACAGUAU